UCAUGAAGGCUUGGACGACUGCCUGCAUAUUUAGCACUGGGUGGCCAACAAUUCUCAUCCCUUCCGGAAAGACGUUCCUGUUGAGCCCAUUGACAUUCGAAGGCCCCUGUCUUUACGCCAGCGUCCAUGUUCGGGUCGAAGGAAAUAUUGUGGCACCUGACAAACUGUGGACCUCCCAAAAUAACACCAGUUGGAUCACAUUCAGAGACGUCACUGCUUUCACUGUCGAUGGUAAUGGCGAGAUCGACGGCCGAGGUUCCGUCUGGUGGGACUGCAAGAAGAAAAAUAAAUGUGACAGCGUGCCUUCCGCAUUAGGUAUCUUACGCUGUGUGGAUUUGACCAUCGCGGGCAUGAAACUUCUCAACAGUCCAGGGAAGCACCUCACCGUGGACAGCAGCAAGUGGGUUCACUUGAAGGGGCUUAGCUUCGCAUCUCCGGCAGACAGCCCCGACACUGAUGGCAUAUACAUUGUAGAGUCUCAUUAUGUCGAAGUAAAGGAUGCCGCCAUUGGAGCAGGCAAUUCUCUCAACCAAGAUGGCAAACUAGACUGGUAG